UGCCUGAGGAAGUGCAGUAAUGAAAUCUGGUAAUGAACUAACCACCCAGGCGUCACCCCCAUCCUACUCAUCUCACCCCCUCCCUAUUCCAGUCCCAGAUCCCACAAAUUCUAACCAAUGAGGUUGACGUGAAGGAUUGGUCAGGAGACUCUACCUUUCAAUUUUCUAUCCGCUCAGUUUCAAUCUGUAUCCUCUUUAUAUCCGUUUCCCGAAAAAAAAAACAAAGAAACAAAUUCAAUUAUUUGUUGUUAUAAAACUAGACUUUUUUGAACUAUUUAUUUUCACAUAAUGCUUAAGCCUAUUUUCAAAAGAAACUUUUGAUACAUAUUUCAAACGUAAUUCAACUUUUGAAAUUUUACUUAAAAAAACUUACAAACAUCUCAAAGCUAAUUUCAAUUUCAAUGAUAUUUGUAAUUUGCUGGAUUAAAAUAUGGUUAAAUUGGUCUGUUACAAAUGAUUAAUUGAACUUAGCUCAAAAUCAGCUGAUUCCGUCCGUUGAUUUCUGGGCAUAGGUUAGAAUUCAAGCUGAGUUCCCGGAAACGAACCUAUAAAGAUAACGAAAUGAAGUCAUUUAACACAUCAUUUUGCAGCUAAUGCAUCUGGAACUGAUAGCGAUAACUCGAAUGUAUCAGGAUAUCCAUUUUCAAACAUAUUUUGCAGUUUCUUGUUCUAGAUCGGCAUUGAACUUUGAAAUUAUACCCCAGAAAGUUUUCCGGUGUUGAAUAUCAGAAAGCGUCAAAUUUUAGUCUCAGUUGGGAAUUUUUAAAUCCAAUUAGCUUCUAGUAUUUUUCCGAAGGUGAUUAUUUCACCAUCAACCCAACUUUACUCUCAAUUUUUCUCUUCAUAUUCAAUAAUCUUGCAAAUAUCCCAGUUUAAUCAAAUAAAUGAUAAAGGGAAUCAGAUAAACUGCUUCUAGUUCAAAAUAUCACAAGGUUAAAAAGACAUGUGACCGAUCCAAUUAAGUUAUUUUUGUUAACUUCUGGUCACUUAUUAUGUCAACUCGUUAUAUUCUGGUCAGAAUAAUCUUUCUUUUCCCGUGGAUCUGUACUGGCUCUUAUGGCGUAUCAAUUACCACACAGCUACAACAGAGCACUGUGCCAAUGUCAGAUGCGUUGCCCCCAUCGCAUGACAUGUUAUCGGGGCCACCGCAACAGAAGAGCAAAUACUCCCCCCAGCAGGAUGAAGAUAUGCUGUUGAGACUGCUGGUGGCAAAUAAUUAUGAAAACAGAUUGAGGCCGGGACCCAAGGGAAAUCCCCGUGGACCUCUGAAGGUAAACGUCUCUCUGCAUAUUGUCAACAUAGGACCUGUCUCCGAGUUCGACAUGACUUUCAAACUGGGCGUGUACUUCCGUCAAUUCUGGGUCGACUCCCGCCUGCAGUUCAACGGCAACAAGAGCGUCACUCUUUCGGAGGACCUGUUAGACGCCCUGUGGCUGCCUGACUCAUUCUUCCACAGUGAGAUAGUGAGCAAUGUGCACAAGGUGACAAAGGAGAAUGUGUUCUUCAGAAUAGAACCAAAUGGAGAGAUACUUAUGAGUAUACGGGCCACUGUGACGUCUCGAUGUCCAAUGAAUCUGAGGUACUUCCCUAUGGACACCCAGGUGUGCGAACUCAGAAUAGCCAGCUAUGGCUACACGUGUAAGGACGUGAUCUACCAGUGGCAUUGGCGGGACAUCAUUGCAGUGGAGAAUGACACCACCCUGGCAAACUUCCGCAUGAUCAACUACACCCUCACAAAUUUCAACCGAUCACUCAGCACAGGCAGCUGGUCCACUCUGGCGGUGCAGUUUACAUUUGUGAGGAACACGCUCUACUUCUUCAUCCAGAUGUAUGCUCCCUCUGCACUCAUAGUCAUGGUCUCGUGGGUCUCCUUCUGGGUCGGCACCUCGUCUGUACCUGCACGCGCAGCUCUAGGCAUCACAACAGUAUUGACCCUGUUGACUAUCAUCACAGGAAGCAACAACAACAUGCCCAAGAUAUCCUACAUGAAGGCCAUAGAUGUCUACUUCGCCGGAUGCUUCUUCUUCGUGUUCUGCUCACUCAUCGAAUUCGCCAUGGUGUGCUACUUGAACGUGCAGAGGGGCAUCUAUGACCCGGAGCAGGCGGCUGCCUACAACUACCUCUACCACAACAACUCAGACGACGACUUCGUCACUCUACCUCACUCUUACGGGGAGGAGAGAAGUCCAUACAAACUAGCAUCCAAGAAAAAGAGAAACUCGUUGGUAUCCGAGAAGCCUAGCUUCAGAAACAGCAGUUCUUCUCUGCACAGAAAACCUUCGGUCGAUUCUGCCGAAAGUAAUGCCAAGGUCAUCAGUCCCAAAAAGUCUGAAAAAUAUUUCAGUUUCAACUUGUUUACCCUCCUUUGCUCCUGUCGCAACUCCAGUGACAAUCAGGCUUCGGAGAACUGUCUGUCGCAUAAUGUGGAUUUGAUUGACACCUACUCACGAUACCUUUUCCCUCUCUCGUACUUAAUUCUAAACCUAAUGUACUGGUACUUUUAUAAAUAUUGCAUAACUUAAACAUUAAAACGAUGAUGUUGUUUUAAAAGCUCAGAACACAAAUGCUAGGCAAUUUUUUUUCUGAUGCUGUCAGAUACUAAACAGUUGCUCAGAUGU